GAGGCUUUUUCGUGUCCGAAGGCAACUCUCUAAUCGCAGCAUUCGCACACUGACAGACAGACGCUUCAGAUUCAGGUCGUCCUGCUACCGAGCUGACGGGCAUUGUGCAUAGCUAUAGACUACCUAGACUUCUUGUGUGAGUCAAUAUUGCAAUAGUGGAAACAUGCUGGGUUCGGGACGACGGAAGCUCGGGGCAUUCCUUUGCCACCGCUGCGGUAGCAGGUUACUCGUCCCUCGCCCUUUCCAUAGCCCUGCUAGCAAUAGCCGCCGAGUCUUCUCUCAGCGGGACUCACUUCUCCGGAAAGAUGUCCCGCCAUCCAUAUCUAUCCUUCCACGGUCUUUUCCAUAUCAGCCCAUAAGAGGCGUUGCAACCUCACCUACCGACCCUCUGCCACCACCAGCAGCUACAGGCACCGACGCAUCCAUAACGAGCGACGACCAGAGGACUGUAACAGGGCUACUCGAACGAAUAGGUGGGCGGCGAGACUGGGCGCAGCUCAGCAAGGAACGGGAGGAGCUUCAGCAGAAGGUGCAGUCCAACACGCUCUGGGAGGACAACGCCAACGAGGCGAUAGCCUACCAAAAGCGGCUUUCCAAACUAGACGACCAACUGAACGAGUACAAUGGGUUUCGCGAAAAGGAGGCGGAGAUCGCAGAGCUGCUGUCACUAGCCCAGGAAGAGAACGACGCCGGGCUUUUAGAAGAAGUCGGCGCCGAGCUGACUAGCUUACGAGCCAAUCUGGAAGCAUACUCCCUUCGCCUGAUGAUGUGCGAAGAGGCGGACGAAGCCGGCUGCUUCAUCGAACUCCGCGCGGGGGCAGGGGGCGCCGAAGCGUGUGAUUGGGUUUCGAUGCUGUCGCGGAUGUAUCAGCGCUGGGCGGAUACGUCGUCGCCCACAGGAACCCGGCAGGAAUUCGAAUGCCGGCUUAUCGACGAAGUGAAGGGGGAGAUUGCAGGCAACAAGUCGGUCGUGCUGCAGAUCGUGGGGAGCUAUGCGUACGGGUGGUGCAAGCAUGAAGCUGGCGUUCACAGAUUUGUGCGGAUAAGCCCUUUCGACUCGACGAAUCGACGACAUACUUCGUUUGUGUCGGUCAACGUCUUUCCGUCAAGCGGUGGGGGUGGCGAAGAGAGCAGUGCCAAAAAUAUUGAGCUCAACCCUGGGGAUAUGAAGGUUGAAACCAUGCGGGCGCAGGGUGCUGGAGGCCAGCAUGUCAAUACCACCGACAGCGCUGUGCGGAUCACGCAUUUGCCCACUGGAAUCGUCGUUGCGUGCCAAAGUCAACGAUCCCAACACCAAAACAAAGCCGUCGCACUCGACAUGCUCCGCGCAAAACUCUACGAGCGGGAGCUACGCGCAAAAGAACAAGCCAAAGCCGACCAACACGCCGAACUCACCGACGCAGCAUGGGGCUCCCAGAUCCGCUCAUACGUCCUGCACCCGUACAAGAUGAUCAAAGACUUGCGCACGGGGUAUGAGCGGCGGGAUGUCGAUCGGGUGCUGGAUGGGGAUGUUGAUUCGUUCAUGGAACAGGCCUUGCUUCAAUUGGGCAAGAAAUGAGGAUAGAGGCGGGUCAAUAUUCUGCCCAAUGGACGUGGACGCAGACUCCGGGUCAGGAAGCCGGUUGGUCUUCACCAUUCACAUGAAGGAGCGACAUGCCUUAUAGUCCACUCCCCGGUCACCCCAUACCACUGCGGAGAAAAAGCGACCUUGGGCCGUCGUCUCCUGGAAAGCUUGCGAUCUGGGCAUGCGCCAGUAGGCGUAUGAGGACGUUGCGAAAUAUCGUCUUUACAUUGGGUUGUGCCCGUCUUCCAAACCCGUCGAGGACAUUGGAUCAGGAGCGUU